AUGAAUAGUUUUCCGUCUAAUAAUAUAGAUAAACAUAAUAUGAUUUCUAUUCAAAAUAAAAAAGAUAGAUCAAAAUAUAAUAAUAAGGAGGACAAUGAAGAAAUAAGAUACGAAUAUGAACUUAAUAGGUUGGAUCCACCUUUAAAAAAGGGCUCACUUAUAGAAAAAAAAAAAAAAAAAAUAAAUAAUGAAAAUAAAGUAAAAGAUAAUAAUGAGAAUAACAAAUGUGAAACAGAAAUAAAUCCUUCAAAAUCUGAUAUUGCUGAUAAGGUAUCUUUUAAUAAAGAGAACCCUAAAUCUAUUGAGGAAAAAAUAACAAAUGAAAAAGAAAAAGAAGAAAAAAAAAAGAAAAAGAAAGAAAAAAAGAAAGAAAAAAAGAAAGAAAAAAAAGAAAAGAAUGACAAGAGUAUAAAUAAGGAAAAAGAGAUAAAAAAUCUAGUGAUUAAAUACAAUAUAUUAGAAGUAAAUGAAACAAAUGAUGAAAACAAAUAUAUAAAAAAUAUUUCAAAUAAUAAAGAACAUUGCUAUAAUCACGACAGUAUCAUAUUAGAAUGUUAUAAAAGUAAAAAUGAGAAUAGUCUAAUUAAUACUAAAGAGAAUGAAAAUAAAAAGGAUAAAUUAAAAAAAAAAUUAAGCAAAAAAAGGGGGAGGGAAAAAAAAAAUAAUAAUAAUAAUGAAAACGUCGAAAAAAUAAAAAAAAUGAAUGAUGAUAAUAUUAUGAUAGAUAAAAUAGACACUAAAAUUUUAAAUGAAAACUAUAGAAUGGGAAACAAUAAAAACGAAACAAAAAUUGUAGAUAAUAAUCAAAACAUAAAGAAAGAAAAAAAAAAAUGCUUAUCAUCUUAUAUACAAGUAGAAAAAAUAAAAACAAAAACUUUGGAGGAUGUUAAUUGCAAAGAUAGUGAAAAAAAUAUAUCAGAAAAUGAUCAUACUAAUAGCAUUAAAAAAAAAUUUAUUUUAAAUGAUGAAAAUAAGAGAAAAAAUAAAAAUACAAAAGAAAAAACACAUGGAAUUUUAAUAACUAAUUCGAGUGAAUAUAUAAACAGAAAAAAUAGUAAAUAUAGAGAAGAUAAUUCCGUUAUGUCUUGUAGCAUUGGACAAACAACAAAUAUAGAAAACGAUAAAACGGAGAAGAAUAGUGCAGAAUAUUCUGAAGAUAAUUUACCUGAAGAAAACAUAGCUUUAGAUAAAAUGAAUGAAACAGUAAUUAUAAAUGGAAGAAAACCUAAGGAAAAGAAAAAAAAAAAAAAAGAUCAAGUAAAUGAAUUAAAUAAAAAAGACAAAAAAAAAAAAAAAAAAAAUCAAACGUUAGAAAUCAAAGAAAAGAAAAAGGAAAAAACAAAGGAGAAAUCAAAAAGAAAAACAAAAGAAAACAAAAAUAAAAAGCAAAAAAAAGAAAAACAAAAAGAAAAUGAACAAGAGGAUGAAAUAGAUGUAGAUAAAGAUCAAAAAAAAAAAAUAGAGGAAUUUAGAUUAAAAAAAAAAAAAAGUUUUACAAAUGAAAAACCUGAAUGCUAUAACAAAGAAAAUAUUGGAAAUUUAAAUAAAAAACCCAGUGGAGAAUUUAUAUAUGAAACAGAAAGUAAAAUAUUAUUAAAAAAAAAUAGCAAUCAAGUAAAUGAAAUAAAUACAAAAACAACACUUGAUGUAAAUGAAUUGAAUAAUAUGUAUAAUACAAAAUAUAAUGUAAAGCAUUUGGUUAAACAAAACAUGGUUCCUAUUUAUUUAAAAUAUUUUAUUCUAUUUUUUUUUUUUUUAGAAACUCAUGAAAGCAAAGUAUGUAUUGUUAAUUCGUUUCAAAAUAUAUCUAGUAUUUCUUCUGAAAAUUAUGAUAGUAAUAAAGAUAGUUAUGUCUGUCAAUCUUUUAACUAUAAUAUUAAAAAAUUAUUUGAUUUGGCAUCAUAUCUUAAAAACAACGUUAAGAAUUAUAGAAACCUUCUAAAAGAAGAAAAUUUAGAAAUUUAUGAAAGAAAAUGCAUUAAAGAUAUAAUAAUAUUUCAUAAAUUAAAAUUGGAAUACUUAAAAAAAAAUAAAAAGAAUUAUAUAGAAGAAAAAAAUUUAGGGAAUAGUAAACUUGACAAUAAAAAAAUUGAAUUAAAUGAUAGCUCAGAAGAAGGUAAAGAAGAAAUAAUUAAAAAUUUUGAACAAUUUAACAUCAUACUAUCAGAAAAAGAAGAAGACAAUAAUAUUAUAUAUAACAAAGAAAUUACCAAAACAAGAAUAAAAAAUAGCAAAAAUAAUGCAACGAAUAUGUAUGAUAUUUCUAAAAAAAUAGAAGAAAAAGAUAGAGAACUAAAUUAUAAUAACAAUAAUAAAUUAUUUAAUAAAAAAAAUUCAGAUACAAAUAAAAAUUCGAAUAUGUCUUUUGAUUAUUCUUCUUUUGACAAUAAUACAUUAGAUUAUAAAAAAAAUAUAAGCAAAUUAAGUGAAUAUAAACCUGAAAUAGAAAGAAGAAAUGACAAAGAACUUAAAGAGGAAAUUGUAAAAAUAGAAAAAAUGGAAAUAGAUAAAGAAGAAAGUUCAAGUAAAAAUAUUUUUGAAACAAUUUAUAAAUUUUAUGUUAAAAACUCAAAUGAUGAAAUAACUAAAAAUAAUUGUGCAUAUGCAAAUAAAACAAAUGAAAAAAGUAAAUUAAAAGGAAUGGAUCUAGAAUUAUUUUUAAAUUUUGCAAAACAUUAUAAAAUAUUUAAAAGUUUACUUACAAAGAGUGAAUUAGAAAAAAUAUUUUUGAAUGAAAGUAAAGGAAACACAUAUAUUCAAGAUAAGCACUUUAAAAAGGUUUUAAUGAUAUGCGCUCAAAUAGCUUUUACAAAACCACCUCAUAAAGUUAAUUUUACUGAUACUAAAAAAAUUUAUUUGUCUUUAAUUUCAUGGCUUUCUAAUAAUUCACCGGAUGAACAAAAAGAAAAAAUUUUGAAGGCAAUUACGGCAUCGGAUGCAGAUAAUUCCAAAGAAUAUGGUAGAAUAAUAGAUAAUCAAAAUAAUAAUAUUAAAAAAUUGACAGAUUCAAAAAUCAAAAUGUUGAAAAGUAGGAAAUCCUCAUUUUAUAUAAAUGAUAAAAAAAAGUAA